AUGGCUGAAGUAAUCGUAGAGGGUGGAUAUUCAUACUACGUAGAACAACAUAUCGGCAACAGAAGAUAUGUUCAUUGUCAGUUGCGAUUAAGAAACGCAUGCUUUGCUCGAGGUGUUAAGGAUAAUAAUGCACCCAUUGUUUUAAGCGUAGGUCACAACCAUCAAAUACUUUUUGAUCAACGAGAAAGAGUACAUUUUAUAGCUGACCUAAGACGAGCUGCUUCUAGAAGCUUGUUACCACCAACUGAAAUAUAUAAUAGGAUUGCUCGAAGAUAUCCAAAUGAAGCUCUAUUGACACCUUAUCCAUCAGUUGCGAGACUUUUACGAAAUAUUCGUCGUCAAAUUACUUUUCCGGUCAUUAAUACUUUAGGAGAGCUAAUUCAAGCAUUAUACAGUCAACCUCUGUCGCAUUUUCGGUAUUAUAGCGAUCAACAGUUUCUUCAAUUUUUAAAUUUUGCAGACAAUGCGGUGAUUAUAUGUGCACCAUGGUUGAUAUCCACUUUGAACAGUGAAACAAUUUAUGUUACAUCAACAUCUAGAUCUGCGGUGAAUGUUAAUGGUGUACGUCUGCUAACAACUGUCUCAGUUAAUUACAUCAAUCAUGUAUUUCCGGUUGCGUUUGUUGUUUGGAGCAGACGAGAUGAUCAAAUUUGUUCGAAUUUCAGUGACACUUUGCGACAACUAUUUCAAGGCAAUGCACCAAGAACAAUUUAUACUGACUUUGAUUUGUUACCUUACCUGCGGUGCACUUUUCAAGGAAGCCAAGUUAUUGGGACUUAUGAAAGUUAUUGCCGUAUUUUGUACCAAAGAGCUCUGGAGUUAGAUGUAGAGACUCACUUGAAUGAUCAUGAAAAUUUUUGA